AAUUACCCUCGUAUGCCUAUUACGUCGUCACUUGAUAAUGCGUAUGUAGUACUCACGAAUGUGACGUCAUUUGGUUCCAUCUUGGCAAGCCUGGCCAUCAUUUCGUGUUACUUGCUUUACAAAGACAUACGAAGUACUGGAAGGAAACUGCUGGUGUGUCUUAGCAUAGCCAACUUUUUCCUGGGUAUUUCUGGAAUUUUACAAGCCGCUACUUAUUUUAAAAGUUUGACAUUAUUUGAUGAGAAGAAUAUACUAUGCCAAGCCGCCAGUUUUCUGUUUGUUUAUUCGAGUAUCUGUAGUUUUUUGUGGACGGAUAUAAUAUCAUUUUAUUUGUUUCUAAGUGUUGUAAUGAGAGAUAUCAGUGUGGGCAAUAAACUAGUGAUAUUCUUCCAUGUUUUUUGUUGGGUUAUGCCAGCAAUAGUGGCUUUAGCUUCUGGAGUUUCUGAUAUUUAUGGGUAUGAUGUGAGUUUUGUAUUGAAAUCUAAAAGACCGGUUUAUUGUUGGGUCAGUGAUCGUAUAGAAAAUGAAGUACAGUGGUAUUAUAUGACGAUGGAAGCAUGGGCUUUAGCAUCUUUAAUAUUCUGUUUUAUUUCUUUUAUAAUACUAACACUCAGUGUCUACAGACAGUCGAAGAAACAUAGAAGUAUGAAUAGUAGUCAAACAAUAGAAGAUAUGGCUAUACAGACAGCUAACAAACAACUUCGUUAUAUACCGGCUAUAUUUGUUGUACUCAGGCUUUGGAGCUCUCUGCAUUUUAUCACUGGAACAACAGGACCAAAUAAAACUCAUACUUAUUCCACUGUUUGGCUACUUAUUAUGAAGGGAAUAUGUGAUAACUCUCAAGGUCUGGCCAACUUGAUUCUCUUCCUUUUCACAACCAAAUUCAUCACUAAUAAAAUAAAGCGAUGGUUUAAGCUCCACUGUAACCUGUGUAGAAUAAAACAGGGGCAAUCUUUUCAAGGUUUCUUAUCGAGUCCUAAAAUAUUUCGUAUUCGUGGAAAAUACGAGAAGAAAAGACGAACAGAUGAGAUAGAUAUAUCUGGUAUAUCUCUUGACCUACCAACGUCUUCUGACCAAGCUAUGAUUGAAGAUGAAGUCGUUUUUGAAAGAGAUUAACUUUAUUUGUGAUGACACUUUUCUUCGUGGUUCAAAUGUAAAUUAGAUAGCUGGAAGGAAACACAAUUAGUAUAUUAUUAUGGUUCUGUGAGGUAAAUGUUCAUUUCAGGCCUGCCCACAUCUUUAAUUAGUUGUCACCGUUUUGUUUGGUUCACACGUAGGCAUUGUGACAAUUAUUAGCUAAGAUUACGACUUUGUCCAUUUACUUAUUGAUUUGACAUAAGCUAACGCACUUACUACCGUGGUUGUGUUUGGCGGAUUUCUAUUUAUAUCAUCAUAGUCCACGUUGCCUUAUCCGCAUUAGUUUCUUGGUAAUAUUUGACUCCGAACGUUCACAAAGUGUUCAGUGCGAUUACUCGAAUUUCUCUGCAUUCUUAUUAUAUAAUUAGGCCUAUUGUAUGCCCACAUUUUAUGUGGGGGUAUACUGUAGUCACCCAGUAUGCCGGCCCGUCCAUCCACAAUUCUUUUAAACUCUCUACAGGUCAAAGUUUUUGAUGAUUCGGCUAGACCCAAGGGGGAAGUUAGGUCGAAAUUCUGCACAGCUUAAUGUUUUUGCAGAGUUACUUCCCCUAUCAUCAAAACCUAGUAAAUGCGUAAAAGGUCUAAUUUUUUGUUGCUAAGCUUGUCUUAAAAGGAAACCCUAUCGAAAUUUGCGGAGUUACUGCCCAUAUCAAUGAAACCUUGUAAAUGUUCUACCGGUCAAAGUUUCUAAAAUUUUCUUCAAAAUUUCUGGGGUUGUUCACCUAAUCGUAUUGCUUCUGAAAACUUUAAAGCCAUCCGUCAACAUGUUGCUUAUGGGCAUUUAUUUGUUGCACUGAAAUCUUCUGUUUUAAAUGAGCAAUAUUCUGUUGCCAAUAUUUUCUGUACAUACUGAAUUAAAACAACUCAUUUUACUGACUGAAUUAUAUAAUUAACAUGCAUGUAUAAUCAACACAUGGUGUCAAAUGCUGUCAUUAGC